AGUAUAACGCAGUCAAACGUAGAUGCAUCGUACUUUACAAGAUUGGGUGUGAAUCUUCUAGUGCGACAAACAGGUUCCGAGCCACUUGUGCGAAUGACGGCACGGGAGUUUAUGUUUGGCUACAAAACACCACUUGUUACUCUAGGAAAUAAUUUGCUACCGGGGUGGAUCAAAUUCGAUAAACUUGGGUUGAUCGACAGGAUGUACGAUUUUGAAGGGGAUUAUGAAACCGUCUAUACUGGUGAAACUGACCUGCGCAUGUCUGGUCUCCUCGCAACUUACCGCGGUUCUCGUUACCUGCCGCAUUGGCCAGGAAAUGACGGCAAGUGCGGCGAUGUCAACGGCGCAUCAGACGGAACCAAAUACGCUAGUUUCAUAGAACGUGGCGAUAAACAAAAGUUUUUUAGAAAGUCUAUGUGCAGGCCAGCAGACAUGGUUCAAAUCGGGGACGAAAACGUCAAAGGACUUGAUAGCUACAUUUACACUUUCGAAGAUGACGCUUUCGAUAAUGGAUGGAGAAAUCCUGAACACAAAUGCUACUGUAGAAAAGGUAAAGGCCGUUGUCUACCAGAUGGUUUAAUUGAUGUCACAGACUGUUAUUAUGGUUUCCCAAUAGCAUUGAGUUAUCCACAUUUCUAUAAAGGCGAUCAAAUGCUUAAAGAACAAGUCAACGGAACCCAACCUGACAUCAAUUUGCAUCAAACGGAAAUUCAUAUCGAACCCAACACCGGAAUGCCAGUGAAAGUAGCAGUUCGCCUGCAAAUUAAUAUGGUGUUUACAGAUUUAUCAAGUAUGGCAAAAGUUGGGCGAUUUUCAAAUAUGGUUCUACCUAUGCUUUGGUUUGAAAUUGGAAUGCCUGAACUUCCUAGCAGCAUAAAUAAUAAAUUCAUCUUCUAUCUCAACAUAAUGCCUGUUGCGGAACAAGUAAUCUUAUACGGAGGCUUUAUUCUCGGGUCAAUAAUGCUCAUAACAUCUAUAGUAAAGGUUCUGAUGACAGUUUCUUACAAAGGUCGUUCAAUAUCUGAUAAUUUCAAACAAUACAAUGUCCCUAAUUCUAAGAGCUGGUUGAAAGAUGACAACGGUAAAUCAACUGGAAAACACAUUCAAGGAUUUAAACAUCAGGGCCACAAGUCGAUGGAUCCGAUCAGUGAAAAGUAUUUAGGAAAAACGUCUGGUUCUAUUUAUAGUCCAUGCGAAGAAAACUUUAAAACCGAAGCACAAAGCUUAAUUGAUAUUGAUAAGUUGCAAAAUACAAAAAAACAAGGAGAAAACUGGUUAAAUAAGAGUUUGGGAGAUAUUUUGAAUAAAUCGUUAGAAAAAGCCAUUCCAUUCUUUUCGGCAGAAAAUGAGAAAAAUUACACCAAAACACCAACAGAGGACAUGAAGGAGAUGCAAAUAUAUAACAAACCUACUAGAAAAUUCAGCGAAAAUAAAGCUUUCUUAUGUAACGAAGGAAAUGAAAUGGGACAUGGUAUGCUAAAAUAUGGUGAUGUUAGUGAAAACUUGAGUGAUCUUGAUAACGAAUGCAAUAACGAUGAUUUGUCAGAGUCCAAUAGCGAUGAUCCUUAUGAUUACCACAAAGUACCAUCUGCUUCAAACUCAGAUAAUGAUGAGAAUGGUGAUGAAUACAGCGCUAAAAUUAACCAUGGAAUGGUUUAAGAUCGAGAUGCCUUAUUAUUUUAGAUAUUUCAAUACCCUUAAAUUAAGAAAUUACAGUACCAGAACCAAAAACUGAUUACUGAACUAAACUAAAUUUAGUAAAUUUGUAUCAGACUUACCAAAAAUUAUCCAAUUAUUCAUUUAAAUUACAAACAACUAUAAAAUUGGCAAACAGAAGAAUAUUAAUAGGUCUCACGCAUAAAGCAAAUAAAUCUUUAGUAAUCCUUUGUACUCCACUAUAAGCCGAUAUAACUUUUGAUGUUUAAUACCAAAAUAGCCUUAACUCAGAAGCCUAAUAUUAAUCACAAUACAGAAGACGAUCGUUUCCUGAAACAUUUUACGUUUUUUUGCUUCUAUACAACAUGGAUGAAGCCAACGGAGUGGCAGCUAGUGGCCGAUGUCCUCCUAUUCGUUCUAUGAAUGUAAAAAUGCCUUAUAUUAAUUAGAAAUUAUUAACAUGUUAGUAGAGUUCAGACUUCAACCUGUCACCCCUUACCAAUAUAUUUGCAACAUCCGUGCUAUACAAUACAGAGUAUACUUCAUUGUGGUACCAGAUCAAACAAAAUUGUAUAGUAAGCCACAAAGUUCAAUAAAAUAUUUACAAAAUGCUCAUAAUCUUGUACCUGCAAACCAAGAUUGCAAAAACUUAGCAUAUUGGUAACAGAAACAUAGACAUAACCCAGGUUCCACUAAAUUGAAUUUAUUAAGCUUUCAACUUUUACCAAUAUCCUGGAUAUGAUCAUUAUCUAAAAAAAAAAUAUUGAAUACUCAGCCUAUUAGUUUAGUAAUCAAAUUGAAUAUCUCGAAUCGCUAAAUUCAAGUCUCUCACUUGCAUCUUACAUUGAUUAGAAAAAUGUCACAAAAAUAUUCAAAAUUUUAU